AUAUAGCGGAAUUCAUGUAUCUAUAGCCAAAGCAUCUAUACGUGUGUUUUAAAUUGCAUUGAUUUAACGAAUUAAUCCUCUUUAAAAUUCUAAAAAGUUACCACACUCCCGCGACCCGCAGUCUUUCCAUGAAGUCUCACUUGUUUGCCUUCUAUAUUUUUAUUUUGAGUUUUCACAGAGGGAAUCGUUGCUGUAUGUACAUACAAAAGUUAGUUCUGUGAAAAAAGUUGUUACGGAAACAUAACCUAAGAUGUGAUAAGAUAAAAUGCCGUCCUAAUGUAUAAAAAACAAGGAAUUGCAAGAAUCCUGUUGAGAAAUAUUCAUUACUGAUGUAAUAAUAAUUAAGUAUGAUUUAAGCGUUUGAUUUCCUUCCGAAAAUGUCUACUAAUGCUUCUGUUUCUGGGAUCAAGAGUGAGGGUGACUCGGAAGAUGAUCUGAAACGACAAGGGUCAUUCAGAAAAUUACUACCAGUUAAUAGUAAUGGGGACUCUCAGCUCAGCACUGCUGUCAAGAUGAUAGACCGACCAAAUACUUCUCAAAACAGUAAAGAGUAUGCAGUAUAUCUUCAAGAAUACAACAUUCUUGCAGAAUACAAUACAUUACGCAGUCAAGAUUUGAGAGGAAUUUAUGUCAUACCAUCAGCUCAAAAUUCUUUUUUAUGGUUUGGAGUACAGUUUAUUCGUCAAGGAAUUUAUCAAGGUGGUGUGUUCAGGUUUACUAUCACACUACCCCAAAACUUUCCGGAUGGAAAAUGUCCAAACGUUCUAUUCCAAACCAAGGUAUUUCACCCUUUGAUAAACUACACAACAGGAGAACUGAAUACUGCCUGGGGAUUUCCCGAGUGGAAAAGAAGCAAUAGAAUUUGGCAACUAGUGCAAUACAUAAGUAAAAUUUUCACCAAGCUGGAUACCAAAAUGAUUUCCGUUAAUGAUGAAGCCUUAUUACUGCUAGAAACAGACUUUGAAAAUUUUAAAGAACAAGCUAAGAAAUGUGUUAAGGAUAGCCUGAGUGUAGUUUAUGAUCCGCCAGCAACUGAUGAUCCCCAUUACAUUACAUUUAGUCCUUAUGAUAGUGAAUUACACGAUCCUGUAAAACAAGAAAUUUACAAACCAAAGGAUGACAAUGAGAACAAACCCACGGGAUAUUCGUGGGUGCAACCAGGCUCUUUGCAGCCGUUUUCGAAACCAGAGGCUAGAUAGCAAAUAAUCAUAGAUGUGCUAUAUUUUCUAUUGAAAACUAGGUUCUAUAUUGGUUAUGCAUUUCGCCAAGUUGCAUUGCAACAAUAGUAAAAAUAAAAAAAUAAGAGCGUGAUCACGCAACUAUUUUUAUACGAUAAAAGAGUUAAUAACGUAAAUGCAAAGUAUUCUAAUGAAAUUUUUAUACACAAUGUGAUUGAUGCUGCAGAGAUUUUUACCGACUGACCGGAGAUUACUUUUGUUACUAACGAUACUCAUUACUCACAUGAUAAAAUGAGCCAACUUUUCGUCCUACUGCUUACGAUCAAUUAAUCGCCGUCAGCGAUCCAAAAGUGUCCAAUUUUCUAAGGACAUUGUACAACGGUGAUAGUAUACAGUGCUAGUAGCAAUAAUUGUACGAUUUAAGUUGAAUUUUCUGUUGAAAAUUGUUAUACUUCUCUUACGAGCAGUAGCUGAGAUUGUUAUAUAUUGAACAAAAUAAUUAUUUAGUUACAAUCAAAGGUUGUGUACAUUAAGCAGAGUAUUUAAUAUUUAUAUGAGAAGCGUUUACUCGUAUUAUUUUUCAUUUGUAUAAGAAUAAAGAAAUAAGUGCAAUAAAUAAGAAUCGGAAAGCGGGGUAAAACGGUUGUUCGCGUAUUUUCAAUAAUCUUGCAAUUGCUCUUGGAAACAUUUUUGCCUAUUUCCAUGAAUAGUGAGUGCAUUAUUUUUUGGAAGUGGAUUUGUAAAUUUCGUAUUCUCGCGUAGCUUUUAAAUCAAUAUUACUAUAUGCUUAUACUGCCUAAAUAUAUAAAUGUUAUGGUUUUAAUUUUUUUUUAAACUAUUAAUAAAUCUAUCUAUAUUAAAGAA